AUGGCGAAUGGGCCAAUGAGAGCGCGGCAGCCGGCUGGCACCAGGGCGACUGUGGCGGGAGGCGGCUACAUUCCUCAUGUGGGUGCGCAGGCCUCAGACGUGUCAUGGAGCAGAGUGACGGACAGCGCUUUGAAGGAACAGGAACACGACUCUCACUGCGGCUCCGGCGUUUCACAGAAUACAGAAGAAACCGCCGCGGAGCAAACGUUAGAAUGUGUUUUCUUCGUUAGAAACACAUCCCCUCCUUUGCCCUGA